UUGAUCUGUGACCAGUGACAGAUAGACUAGACAUGAAUCCAUCAAUGUAAACUGUUGUAAACAUUUUAAGAAAAGUUCUUUUAAUGAAAAUAUAUGAAUUAUCAGUUAACGUGAUAAAUAUUUUUAAUUUCGACACUUGACGUUGUGUUCAAAAAUUCAAAAUGAGCCAACCCGAAAAAGAAAAACCAAAACCAGGAAUGAAAAAUAUACCAAAAGAUGGCCAAGUAAUUAUGGCAAUGAUGAAAGAAAUGGGUAUUAAUGAGUUUGACCCAAAAACCAUCGUUCAGCUAUGCGAAUUUGUGUAUAGAUAUGCUACUUCUGUUCUUGAUGAAGCUAGAAUGUAUGCCAAUAAUUCUAAGAAGAAAUUUCUUGAUGCAGAAGAUGUGCGGCUGGCACUCCAAUUAACAAAUGAAUCAAGUUUUGUUACACCACCUCCGAGAGAAAUAAUUUUAGAAUGUGCACAUGUGAAAAACUAUGCUCCUUUACAACCUGUGAAACCUCAUUGUGGACUACGUUUACCUCCAGAUCGUUACUGUUUAUCCCAAUGCAAUUAUACACUUAAACAAGCAGCUUCAAAUCACAAAAAAACCAAGACGAAUUACGUAGUUUCUGGUGCAUCAACGGGUUUGAAAAUCACAACUAAACCAAAUGUGAGUUAUAUCAAGAGAACUAAUGCACCCAUAGGUGUUACAAAACAAACUGUUACAAUACCUAAGCCCAAAAUUACUACAAACUUGAAUCUACAACCUCAAAAGACUGUUUUAAAACCAAAAAUUCAUAUCACCCAAAACUCACAUACACAGUUACAAAUGCAAACAAGUAUGGGUAGCAAUGGUUCCAACUCAAUGGAGACUAUGGAAAGUUUGAAGAGAAAAAGAGAAGAGGAUGAUGAGUUAGAAGGAAUGUGACUGAGUGUUUUUCAACAGAAGAAGCAAUGAUUUGAUUUAGUUUUAUUUUAUUAAAAUGUCUUCAAGAAAGUGAUUUGUUGAAUUAUACUGAAGAAUUUAGUACUGAGAAUAUAUCAAUAUUUUCAA